AUGUCCCUGCUGAACUACUCCUCACGUUCAGCAGGCGGCCAUGGUGCCUACAACCAGUACCACCGAGUCAACAGAUUCUCCACCGGCAGCCUGUCGGGGAGCCCCGGCUUCAGCAGCACCAGCCUCUUCCACCUGGGCUCUGCCAGCAAGAGGAUUGCCCGGGGUGGCCAGGGCUUCAGUUCUGGAGGUAGCCCUGGAGGCUGGUCUGGAUAUGCUGGUGCACGUCCAUCAGCGGGCAUUCAGGAGGUGGUCGUCAACCAGAACCUCUUGAGCCCGCUCAACCUGGCAUUUGACUCUUCCUUCCAGAAGGUACGCAAGGAGGAGAAGGAGCAGAUCAAGAUCCUCAACAACAAAUUUGCAUCCUUCAUCGACAAGGUUCGAUCCCUUGAGCAGCAGAACAAAGUCCUGGAGACCAAAUGGAGCCUCCUGCAGGAGCAGAAAAGCACCCGGAGCAGCAUCCCAUCUGUCUUCGAGACGUUCAUCAGCCACCUGCAGAGGCAGCUCGAUGCUCUUAUGAAUGAGCGGGGCCGCCUGGAGGGAGAACUGAAGAGCAUGCAGGAUCGGCUGGAUGAUUUCAAGCAAAGAUAUGAAGAUGAAAUCAAUAAACGCACAAAAGCCGAGAAUGGUUUUGUCCUACUUCAGGAGGAUGUUAAUGCUUCUUACAUGAAUAAGGUGGACCUGGAGGCCAAGGUGGUCGCAUUAACAGAUGAGAUACACUUCCAUCGUGCUCUGCAUGAAGCGGAAGUAGAAGAGCUGAAGACACAGAUCUCUGAUACAUCUGUUAUCCUCCAAAUGGACAAUAAUCGAGACCUAGACGUGGACAGCAUCAUUGCUGAUGUGAAAGCUCAGUAUGAAGAGAUUGCCAAUCAAAGCAAGAUUGAGGCAGAAAAACUGUACCAAACCAAGUAUGAGCGCUCCCGGGCUGAGGCUGGGAAGCAUGGAGAUAAGCUGCGUGACCUGAAGCAGGAGAUCUCGGAGUAUUCCCGCAGGAUCCAGAGGCUGCGCUCUGACAUCGAACAUGCGAAAAAGGAGCGUUCCAGGCUGGAAGCCGACAUUGUGGACAGAGAGGGACGUGGGGAGGCAGCCCUCCAAGAUGCAAAGCUGAAGCUGAAGGGGUUGGAGACAGCCCUUAACCAAGCCAGGCAAGAGAAGGCCCGCCAAGUACGGGAGUACCAGGACUUGAUGAACGUCAAGCUGGCCUUGGAUGUUGAGAUCGCCACCUACAGGAAGCUGCUGGAAGGGGAGGAGAGCCGGUUGGCUGGUGACGGCCCCGGCUCUGUGAGCUUGACUGUGCUCAAUGCCAGCGGAACUCCAUAUGGCCACGGAGGAGGAUUCACCCUGGUUGACGGACUGGGCAGCGGAAUGGGCAUCAGUGCUGGCGGUGCAGGCAGCAUGAAAUCGACAUUCACUGUAUCGUCUGCGACAAGCAGGAGAUCCAUCAGACAAUGAGCUCAACGAGCCAGGACCACCAGCGCCUGAGUGAACGCAGCCACAUCUCCAUCUCCCCACCUCCGACGACAGGGCAAGAAAGAAAAUAUCGGCCUGAAGAAGUUAUUCUCUUCCAAUAAUAAUUCUCUCACUGCACAAUCGAACACUGAUUAUUGGAACGCUGCUUCUUCCUUCUGCAAAUACCCUGCUCCCUUCCCACA